AUGAGUUCAUCAGAAGACACGACAUUACCGCUCUUUGAGCGUUUCAGAGACGCCCAUAUCAACAACCUGAUUGGACUGAUGGACGACGUGAUGGCCAGCAUGGGAGAUCUGGACAGAUCACUCGAAACAGCAGUUGCUAUCAGCAAAGAAUUCACGUACCUGCAAAAUAUCUGGGGAGCGUUCUACGACCCUACGCGAAUGGAACAAGAGACGGAAAACAAAGAAAACGACCAAGAACAACCAGAUACAAGUGUUACAAGCUUCCAAUUCGAAGGAAGAAUGAGUGAUAUCAAAAGCUAA